GCCUCUUGGAUCCCCACGGGGUGAUGGGUGUCCUGCUCCCUCGGCCGGCACCGUGAGCCCUGGUUCUCCUAGUGCCUGACCAGGCCAGCCUCACGAGUGUCCUCGACCCCUGCCCAUCAGAUGAGGAAACUGAGACGCAGAGAGGUCGCCAGCUCAGAAGUCCCUCUCCAGGGCCAAGUCCACUGAAGACCCGAGGGCCGGAUUGUGGGGUUGCUGCCAGCCCCGAGCCCCCCCGAGAGCCCCAGCCAUGAGCAACGGGUGGAAGGACCACCUUGGUGCCAGCGGUUCAGAGCCCCUCCCGGUCGUCAUCAUCGGCAAUGGUCCCUCGGGCAUCUGCCUGUCCUACCUGCUCUCGGGCUACAACCCCUACGUGAAGCCGGAUGCCAUCCACCCACACCCUGUGCUGCAGAGGAAGCUCACCGAGGCGCCGGGGGUCUCCAUCGUGGACCAGGACCUGGAUUACCUGUCCGAAGGCCUUGAAGGCAGGUGCCAAAGCCCUGUGGCCCUGCUGUUUGAUGCCCUCCUGCGCCCAGACACAGACUUUGGGGGCAACGUGGAGUCUGUCCUCACCUGGAAGCACCAGAAGGAGCGAGCCAUCCCCCACCUGGUCCUUGGCCGGAACCUGCCAGGGGGGGCCUGGCAUUCCAUUGAAGGCUCCAUGGUGACCCUGAGCCAAGGCGAUUGGAUGGGGCUCCCUGACCUGCAGGUCAAGGACUGGAUGUGCAGGAAGCGAAGAGGUCUUCGUAACAGCCGGGCCACGGCCGGGGACAUCGCCCACUACUACAGGGACUAUGUGAUCAAGAAGGGCCUGAGCCACAAUUUCGUGUCUGGCGCCGUGGUCACAGCCGUGGAAUGGGGAACGCCCGAGCCCAGCGGCCCCGGGGCCCGGGACCCCAGCCCCCUCUUCCAGGUGAACGGCUUGGUGACCGCCGAGGACCAGAGCCAGCAGCCCUUCUCCCUAUGCGCCCGCAACGUGGUCUUGGCCACUGGCACGUCUGACAGCCCGGCCCGGCUGGGCAUCCCCGGGGAGGCCCUGCCCUUCGUCCAUCAUGAUCUGUCGGCCCUGGAGGCAGCCACACGGGCAGGCACCACGUCCCCGUCCUCGGACCCCGUGCUCAUCAUCGGGGCGGGACUGUCGGCUGCCGACGCGGUCCUCUACGCCCGCCACUACAACGUCCCUGUGAUCCACGCCUUCCGCCGAUCCGUGGACGACCCCGGCCUGGUGUUCAACCAGCUGCCCAAGAUGCUGUACCCUGAGUACCACAAGGUGCACCAGAUGAUGCGGGAGAAGUCCAUCCUGUCGCCCGGCCCCUACGAGGGCUACCGGAGCCUCCCUGAGCACCAGCUGCUGCUCCUCAAGGGGGACCGCCAGGCUGUGUUCCGGGACCCCCAGGGCCUCCAGAAGGUCUUUGGCGUCGCCCUGGUGCUGGUCCUCAUCGGCUCCCACCCUGAUCUGUCCUUCCUCCCGGGGGCAGGAGCUGACCUCGCCAUGGACCCCAACCAGCCACUGAGCGCCAAGAGGAACCCCAUUGACGUGGACCCCUUCACUUACCAGAGCAUCCACCAGGAGGGCCUGUAUGCCGUGGGGCCACUGGCCGGGGACAACUUUGUGAGGUUUGUGCAGGGCGGGGCCCUGGCUGUGGCCAGCUCCCUGCUGAGGAAGGAGGCCAGGAAGCCGCCCUAGCACCUGGCCUGGCAUCCUUGCACCCAGGCCCUAAAGAGGAGGGGAGAGCACCACGGCCCUGCUGGACGCAGAGCCCAUCCCAAGAUGCCCCAGUGAUGGAAGGGGGCCUCUCCUGGCAGGAGACGGGAGCGGCCACGAGCCCAUGCAACAGCCCUCUCAGAUGAAGGGUGAGAAACCCAGGCUGCCAGGACUCAGACCAGGGUGGAAACAGUGACCACAGGACAGGGUAGGCCCAGACCUGUAUUUGGGGGUGAAAGCUGCCGCUGUGAGCUGGGAUCAGCGGGGCCAGCUGAGCGCCGAGCCAGGAGGACCCCAGGCCCUGCCCUUUCCAGAAUCGGGUCCCAAAUAAAACCAGCGCCUG